AGAUAGUAACCGAGGUGGAGCUUUGUGAGUCCUACGUUUUAAAACCAGCUGAAGGUCCAUAGCCACUGCCUCUUCAUUUUUAAGGGGGCGUCUCUGCUACGCCCUUAUCCUCUUCUCUCUUUCUCUAUUUCUACUAAAUAUCUUCUCCUCUAUCCCAAAUUUACUUUCUCUAUACACUGCUCAUGGCUUCUUCUUCAGUAAUUGGGGUUUCCUCCAUAUUCCACACUCCUUCUGUAGAACUUUCUGCUAGAAGAACCACAACGCUGCCUCCUGCGAGUUUAUCUUUGCAUGACAAGUCUCAUUUCAAUUCUUUGGUUCUUCAAAGUAGUUCUCACUAUAAGCAUGGCCUUUCCGUUGGUCCUUCUGCUAUUGCUACUCCUAAUAAUUCUAUUCUUAGUGAAGAGGCCUUCAAGGCUCUCACUGAACGAUUUUCUGAGUAUGACGAUGAUGAAAAUGAUAUUGGUGUUAAAAACAGAGACUUUCAGUCUCAAUCUGCCGCCGGCGCCGGUGGGAGUCCUCCUGAUGAAGAUGAACUUGCCAUUUCUGAGCUCGGUUUGCCUCAGAGACUCGUUGAGUCCCUUGAGAAACGUGGAAUUACUCAUCUUUUCCCCAUUCAGAGGGCUGUUUUAAUUCCGGCACUAGAAGGUCGAGAUAUCAUUGCCCGUGCGAAGACUGGAACUGGCAAAACAUUAGCUUUUGGAAUCCCCAUAAUUAAGCAAAUCACUGAAGAUACAGGCUCGCAAAGACGAACUGGUCGGCUUCCUAAAGUUUUGGUCCUAGCACCUACUCGUGAAUUGGCUAAGCAAGUAGAGAAAGAGAUUAAUGACUCUGCACCUUACUUGAACACUGUUUGUGUUUAUGGAGGGGUUUCAUAUAUUACUCAACGAAAUGCUCUUUCUCGUGGGGUUGAUGUUGUGGUUGGAACCCCAGGUCGAAUCAUUGACUUGAUUAAAAGUAAUAGCCUCAAGUUGGGAGAAGUUCAAUAUUUGGUCCUUGAUGAAGCUGAUCAGAUGCUUUCUUUUGGAUUUGAGGAGGAUGUGGAAGUAAUUUUAGAAGAUCUUCCAUCGAAACGGCAAAGCAUGCUUUUCUCUGCAACUAUGCCUAGUUGGGUAAAAAAAUUGUCAAGGAAAUAUCUGGACAACCCGCUUCAAAUUGAUUUGGUUGGUGACCAGGAGGAAAAGUUGGCAGAAGGAAUCAAACUUUAUGCCGUAUCAACCACUGCAACUUCAAAGCGGAGCAUUCUUAGUGAUCUUGUAACGGUCUAUGCAAAAGGUGGAAAGACUAUUAUAUUCACUCAGACUAAACGAGAUGCUGAUGAGGUCUCAAUAUCUUUAACAAACAGUAUUGCUUCUGAGGCAUUGCAUGGAGAUAUAUCUCAGCAUCAGCGAGAGAGAACCUUAAAUGGUUUUCGGCAAGGAAAAUUCACAGUGCUUGUUGCCACAGAUGUUGCUUCUCGUGGGCUUGAUAUUCCAAAUGUUGAUUUGGUCAUCCAUUAUGAACUUCCCAAUGAUCCUGAAACUUUUGUGCACCGAUCUGGUCGUACUGGACGUGCAGGCAAGGAAGGUACUGCCAUUCUGAUGUACACUAGCAGCCAAAGGAGGACAGUCAGAUCCCUGGAGCGUGAUGUGGGAUGCCACUUUGAAUUUGUUAGUCCACCAGCUACUGAAGAGGUUUUGGAGUCAUCAGCUGAGCAAGUGAUUGCUACUCUGAAUGGGGUUCAUCCUGAGUCUGUCGAAUUUUUCACUCCAACUGCACAAAGAUUGAUUGAAGAACAAGGCACAAGUGCUCUUGCUGCUGCACUUGCACAGUUGAGUGGAUUUUCCCGGCCUCCUUCAUCUCGGUCUCUUAUUAGCCAUGAGCAGGGAUGGAUAACAUUGCAGUUGACACGGGAUCCAACUCUUUCCAGAGGCUAUCUGUCUGCUAGAUCUGUCACUGGUUUUCUGUCAGAUGUUUAUACUGCUGCAGCCGAUGAAGUUGGAAAAAUACACUUGAUUGCAGAUGAAAGAGUUCAAGGGGCAGUUUUUGAUCUUCCAGAGGAGAUUGCAAAAGAGUUACUGAAUAAACAAUUACCACCUGGCAACACUAUUUCCAAGAUCACGAAGUUGCCUUCGUUGCAAGAUGACGGGCCUCCGAGUGAUUACUAUGGUAGGUUUUCUAGCAGAGAUGGACCUCCUAGAGGAGGUAGGGGAGGCCAGAGAGGUUCCAGAGCCUCUCGGGGUUGGGGUGGUGGUCGAGAUUCUAAUGACGAGGAUACAUUUAGGCGUGGUGGCCGAAGCUAUUCAAGAAAUAGUGGUGAUGAUUGGCUGAUAAGUGGUAGAAGGUCAAGCAGAUCUUCACCCCGGGACAGGUCUUCAUCCUGGGGCCGGUCUUCGUCCCAAGACAGAUUCGGAGGCUCUUGUUUUAACUGCGGGAGGCCUGGACACAGAGCAUCAGAUUGUCCUAACAAGGCAGACUUUUAGUUGCGUCCCUUCUAGAUUGAGUUUUUAGCUUUCCAAACAAGUCAUGGGUUGGUGCCGCUGCUGGGAAUUCCUGUGCCACUUCUUUGUUUGCAACCAUAAAGCCUCAAGGAAAGAGCUGGAGGAAUUGAUUUUCAUUUGUUCUCUCUCUCCUCUUCCUCCCCCUUGCCAAUAUGUGGUGGAAACUUUGAUGCUGGAAUUAUUAGCCCCUGCUGAUUGAAAGGGUAAAUGGAAUUUAUUUCUUUUGCUCUCUUCCAAUCAUAUUUCCCAAGGGGGGAAUUUAAACUAUGUAACUCCUUUUAUUAUGAAUAUAUGGAUGGUCAUCUAUUACCAAUUAUGUAAUCACAAAUGCUGAUCCUCAAUAUAAAUUCGGAAGCACUAACAAUGGAUUCUUCGAGCUA